AGUGCGAAAGUCACUGGCCGAGAAAAUAUUGAAAAAUUCUUCAGCAUCCAACCAAAUCGCCGUACAACUGAAAACCCUAGACUCCACAGACAACAAAACUGACCCCUCUGACCCUGCCCACGUAAACCUCCUUCUCCGACCACUCGGUGAAGGAAACGGUUUGACGCAACGCUCUGUCAAAUCGCUUGUAUUCUACUCCAAUGGAAGUCGAGGGCUUCUUGUACGACGCCCUUAGCCCUCUCUCCCCCUCCACCGCCGCCGCAUCUCCCUCCGGCCAGCCGCCUCCGCCGCCGGUCGAUUCCGAGCCUUACGCCGUGUUUCGCAAUGAAAUUUCCCUGUCCGCGGCCCAGCCCCACUCUCCCACGGCCGCCGCGCCAGAUUACUUCUCUCUUGACCUGGAUAAGGAUGAAACUACGGUUGAUUUGACUCCGGUUCGGUCGGCGGCUGCGACUCCGGUUAAGGAACCGGAGAGGAGGCUUGAAGGCGGUUGGUUUAGGGCCAAUUGUCGGUUCAGGAGCCCCAUGCUUCAGCUCCAUAAAGAGAUACUGGAUUUCUGCAACUUUCUCUCACCAACUCCAGAAGAGCAAGCAUCACGAAAUGCUGCAGUACGGAGUGUAUUUGAUGUUAUUCAAUAUAUAUGGCCCAACUGCAAGGUAGAGGUGUUUGGGUCGUUCAAGACCGGGCUGUAUCUUCCAACUAGUGAUAUUGAUGUUGUGAUUCUUGGAUCAGAUAUUAGAAGUCCGCAAAUGGGUUUGCAAGCCCUUGCUAGGGCCCUAUCUCAAAGAGGCGUUGCCAAGAAGAUACAGGUGAUUGCAAAGGCACGUGUGCCGAUCAUCAAAUUUGUAGAGAAGAGAAGUGGUAUCGCAUUUGAUAUAAGUUUUGAUGUAGAUAAUGGACCAAAAGCUGCUGAGUUCAUAGAGGAUGCCGUGUUAAAGUGGCCCCCAUUACGGCCAUUGUGUUUGAUCUUGAAAGUUUUUCUGCAGCAAAGAGAGUUAAAUGAGGUUUAUACAGGUGGAAUUGGUUCGUAUGCACUCCUUACCAUGCUCAUAGCAAUGCUACGGAGUCUCCAUGAGCAGCAAGCUGCUCCAGAACACAACUUGGGAGUUCUGUUGGUUCAUUUUUUUGACAUUUAUGGACGCAAAUUAAACACAUCUGAUGUUGGUGUGACUUGCAAUGGGGAAGGCACCUUCUUCUUGAAGAGUGCAAAAGGGUUUACUGUGAAAGGAAGGCCGUGUCUUAUUGCCAUUAUGGACCCACAGGCUCCAGAAAAUGACAUAGGGAAGAAUUCGUUCGGCUAUUUCCAGGUUAAAUCAGCUUUUUCCAUGGCUUUCUCAACACUGACAAAUGCAAAGACCAUCUUGAGCCUAGGCCCCAACCGGAGCAUUUUGGGUACCAUAAUAAGACCAGACCCCGUAUUAUUGGAACGAAAAGGAGGGUCUAAUGGGGAUAUGACAUUCAAUAACUUGCUACCUGGAGCAGGAGAGCCAUUGCAGGCCAAUUUUGACGACCAACAGGAAAUUUACUGCAAUUGGAAAUUAGAUGAUGAGGAAGAACCACUUCCCAGAGGAAAAUUGAAUUUUGAUGAUGGAAGUACACCUUCCUCCUCAGGAAAGAAGAGGAAGGCAUCUAAGGAGGAGAAGCGUGCUAAGAAGGUGAAAGAAAAUGGGGAAGAAAGUGGGUCGAGGAAAGAGAAGGGUAAAAAGAAGAGACGGUGGAGAGAGCAUGGAGAUGGGAGUCAAAAUAACAACGGUUUCAGUCGUUAUGGUGGGGGUCGGUCGCCGUGGAGUCGGACUUCUUAAGUUUCCAUCAGCUUUUCAUGUUUAUGUUGCAAGAAGCUUCCCACUACCCUGCUACGAGUUCGGGGUUUGCUUGCUUCAGAUUGCCGCAAAUUACCAACUAUCGAAAUUUGCAGUGAUCAUUGGACACGUAAAUGCGUACCAGACAGGGUUGUUUGGCUUAAUAAGCCAAAUUGCUUUUUAUUUUGUCCUUAUUCAAUUUUUUUUUUUUGCAUUUGUUAGUUUUUCUUCAAUUUUUUUUGGAUUAUUGCUUUGUCAUGACGAGAGGAAUUUAAAAAGUAAAACAUUACGAUAAAAAUCCAAUUUUUUUUUGAAUAAAGACGAAAAAGAAUUAGCCAAUAAGCUUUUUUUUUUAUUCAAAAAAAUUUGGAUUUCAAUCGUAAUCUUGUACUUUUUAGAUUAUUCUCAUCAUAACGAAACAAUAAUCAAUGAAAAAUUGAUGAGAAACUAACAAACACGAACAAAAUUUAAAUAAAGACAAAAAAAGAAGCCAUUUGGCUUCUUAGGUCAAAGAAGUUGACGCUAAGCCGAAGGCUUAAGAGUGUGGAUGCUGGUGUCUACAAAGGGAUAAUACAAGUUGCGGGAGUUGAUGCUAAGCGGAGGGAGUUUGAAUCGUAGAGAGGUGUUUAGGCUGUUUAGCUUUUCUUUCCUUGAAAUUUUGAUUUUUUCAUUAAAUUGUUUGAAAUUUUGAUAAUUCAAGUUGCGGGAGUUGAGAUUUGUUCUCAGUAUCUAUUUUAACAGUAUCAUUGUUGUUUCAGUGUUGCUACAAAA